AUGGACACAUUUCUAGGGUGGGGAACGCUCAGUCGCACGAGCCAUGGCGUUAUUCAGAUAGACGACCACAUGGAAGCUGCAUUGGCCGUAGUGCUACUCUUUAGCGUUGUCACGUUGCCGCCAAUCGUCGGUAUCCGUACCAUGUACACCAAUUGCUGGUUCGUCUUCACUGUCCUCGCUCAUUUGUUCGCGUCCAAGACGGCGCUCGGUAUUGCCACGUCCAUGGGCAUCACCGUUAUGGCCGGCUGGUACUCGUUGCGACUCUUUGAUCGCUAUGCCUUUACAGCCAUCCUCAAUGGUUGGCUCGGGGUUUGGGCGAGCUCACCAGUCUUGGGCGUCGCAGCUCAUAUUGGAGACUUUAUGUUGCAUCUGCUUGUGCCGAUGAUUUUGGUCACGUGCUAUUUACCGCUUGUUCGCGUGUGGAUGAGUGUACCUGCUGUAGUAUCAUCGAGACUAUGGAGCCACUGUGUGGUGGGAGGUGGAGUCUUUCCCAAAGCUGAUCACAUCUACCGCUUCUCACCACCGCGUUCACAGCACUUUUGGAAUGCAGCUUACAAGAUGGAGCUCAUGUUGAAUCUGCUCGUGCCUCUCUUCUGUGUCUUGGCUCACCAGCGAUCUUUCUGGGUAUAUGUUGCGACGGCAACCGCAGGGGCUCUUCUGUUUUGCUUCCAGUUGAUCCGAUCACUGUCUUUACCAAAGCUACGGAAUAGUGCAAAGAAAAUUAUGUAUCGCCUUCUCUCCAGUGGUAGCAUUCGACCGAAUAUGGACUUUAUCGUUCGAGACGAUGCUUUUUGGCUCGAUUGGAUGAGUGAGGGGCUUGUGGCUAUUGGCGAAUCCUACGUGGGUUACCUCUGGGCGACUAACUCUGCACGUACCUUAGAUGAUGUGGUUGCUAGUCUGCUUACUAUUCCGAUGGAAGGCAGACAGGAUAUGUACCGAUCCUGGAGCGCUCGUUGUGUGGCACUGACAGCACGAUUGUUCAACUACCCACCUUCGUCCAUGGGCCUUGUUGUCGGUGCUGUCUCAGAACAGUUUGACCUCUGCCCGAAGUUUCGGCAGUCUUAUAUGGAUCGAUACUUCCACCAAGGCUUCGGCAUGUGGACUGCAGGGACAACCACCGUCAACGCUGCACAGACCAACAAACUUGCUAAUUUGGGUCAGUUGCUGGAUAUUCGGACUGGCCACACCAUCUUGGACGUUAGCAUCGGCUCAUGGGGAGGAGUGAGCUGCUACCUCGCUCAACAGUACCCCGACGCCACUUUUGUAUGCGUAUUAUCCUCGGUUCAAGAAUUUGCGCGCGCCAGGAAAUUUGCCCGUGAGCUUGAGGUCUUUGAUCAAAUGGAAUUCGUGCUCGCAGAGACACCAGAAAAACUGCUGACAAUUUUGAGUAGCUUCCGUGUAUCCGAGUUCGACCGCGUCACGUUGUGUGGCGUCGUGGAGGCUUUACCCGAUACAAAGCGAAUACGAUUUUUGCGCACGCUGAAGCGCAUCCAGGCCGCAAAUGGCACGACACUGCUCGAGUUUAGCGCCUGCACGGCCGCGCACAUGACGACUCACGCCUGGACGAACAAAUAUGUACACAGUUCGUACCCUUGCUACGCCAUCACGUUGCCGUUCAUGCGCCGACUUGCUAGCGAGACCGGCUUCACGCUUCGAGAAACACUCGGUUACUCGGACCAUUAUGAGCGCACAUUCCUCGAGUGGAACCGUCGAUUCCAAGCGCAAUGGGGCCACGACGUGGUAACGCGUUCACUUGCAGCAACAGCUCAAACAAAUCCAUUGCAGGAUAUGCCAUCACUUCCUGAAUCUUUUAAACGCACAUGGGAGUUCUAUUUGCUCCAUUCGGCUGCUUGCUACCGGUCUGGUGCUCUUCAAGUGUUCCAGAUCCGAAUGGGUUAA